AUGAUAUAUUUGCAUCCCGGUACAUAUGCUUUUGUUAAUAUCUUUAUCGCAUUUUUUUUAAUUUCUCCAACUCCGACUUUUCCCCUCUCCUCUUUAUUAAUAUUCGCCAUACCCAUAACGCCCACUUCAUAUUCUUUCUUUCUUUCCAUUUCUCUCAGACAAACCAUCAUACACCUUCCCUGUGCUCCAACCAUGGGCCGCCCCGUGGAGCCCGAGCAGAUCGAGCAGCCCCACACCGUCCGCCUGCCGCUCGAGCAGUACGGCCCCGCCCCCCAGCAGGGAUACUCCCUCAGCGGCAAGAUCAUGCUCAGCGCCAUCGUCAUCCUCUUUUUCGUCGUCAUCCUCAUGGUCUGCCUCCACCUCUACGCCCGCUGGUACCUUCUUCGCGCCCGCCGCCGCCGUCUCCGCCGCAACCACAGAAACCGCCGCACCCACAUCGUCUUUCACGAGGACGCCGCUGCCCUGUCCGCCGCCCCCACCCGCGGCCUCGACGCCUCCGUCCUCAACUCCCUCCCCGUAUUUGUUUAUUCGUCGAAAUUGGAUCAGACGGCGUUGUUUCAGCAGCAGCCGAUUUUGGAGUGCGCCGUCUGCUUGUCGGAAUUCGAGGACGACGAAACGGGGCGUUUGCUUCCGAAGUGUAAGCACAGCUUCCACAUCGAGUGUAUUGAUAUGUGGUUCCAUUCUCACUCCACGUGUCCCCUUUGCCGGGCCCCCGUGGAACUGAGCCCGGAGUCUGAAACCCGGCCCGACGUGCUUCUUAGUGUCUGUGAACCUGACGGAGGCGAACCGGGUCCGCGCUCCGAUUUGUGCUCGGAGUGUUGCAAUUCCGAGACGACGUCGUCAGGGGCGUGGAGAAAGCCGUCGAACAUCGUGGUUCCGAGAAGGAACGAGAGUUUCGGGAGGGGGGAGGACUCCGGACGCGGCGAAUCACCGGCAGGUCAGUCUUUUAGGUCGCCGAUGAGUCGGAUGUUGUCAUUUAGGAGAAUACUAAGCCGGGAAAGACGAAACGGCGGCGUUUCACCUUCGGGAGUAAACGCGGGGAGUUGCAGUUCGGUGGCCGAGUCGGAUAUCGAACUCGGUGGCCGACAAGGGACCACCGAGUGCACUAGGAGGGAGUAAAAAGAUGGUGACGUGGCGGUAAUUUUAUCGAAAUUUUGCGGGCAGAGACAUCCGGCGGCCAUUAGUCAGUCAAAUAGUCAAUGCCAAACGGGGCAAAUGUGGAAAUUAAAUUUACACGUGGCGCGAUUGUGGCAGUAGUGGAAAUUCUCGGUGUUUAUGGACGUGUAUAAAAAUUUUAUUUAUUUUUCCUUCA